AUGUCUGCCAUACACACUCGAUCCAGACCAUCGAUAGCACGCGAUCCGGGUCCUUCCUACAGCGCGAUCGACGACUAUGAGAUGGACUACGAGACAUCCGCACUCAUCGCGCAGCUCGCGCUACAAGACAUCGAACAGGCCUAUUCAUCCCGCAAAGGAAAAUCGCGCUUCGACGCUGGCUUGACGGACGAGGAAAUGGCGUAUCAGCUCCAGCUCGAGAGCUUCCAGCGGCUUCUGGCUGAAUCUGAGGAUGCGAAGCUUGCGAGGAGUCUUAAUGCGGCUGUGUGCGCUGAUGCGGCGUAUUUGGAGGCGGUUAUGGUUGCUGAGGAGGCGGCUAAUGCGGAUAGGAGGGCUGCGCAGUUGCUUAGUCGCGGUGAGAGGCUCCCGAAGCCGACUGCUGCUCAGGCUCGUGUCGAGAGCAGGGGUUUUGUUAUGCAUCCGGAAUCCCAGAGGAAUUCCAUGCCUCAGCCAGCAUACGAAGUUCCUGUCGAUGAUUACGAUGAUGAUAUCUCCGAUACAGAAAGCUACAUUGGAGAAUUUGACAGAAUGCAGCUGGAAAAAGACGUCAAAUGGAAGAUGGUCGAAAGUAAGGCUAAAGCGCGGGAGUGGCGACCAAAGGCAGCGCCAAUGCCAAACGCUACUGCUGGACCAAGUGUCAAUCGAAAUAGGACCUGCAUAUCAUCCCUGGUGGAAUACACAACUCGAGACGAGAGCAUGUUCCCCCUGAAAUGCUGCGGCAUAAAGCCAAUCCCCUUCACCGAAGUCAUCCCAUUCCUAUCAAACGAGUUGAUCAAGCUCUACAGAACAAAGGAAAGCGAGUUCAGCGUCCCAGUUCAGGAGAGAAUUUACUGCGUUAGCGCGACCUGCUCUACGUUCCUCGGCUCGUCCGCCGACUACAAAAAGGUCAGCCACGUCGUCUGCCCGACAUGCACGUUGCGCACGUGUCCGAGGUGUAAGAAGGCAGCCCACACCGAUGAAGAGAGCUGCGCUGUCAAUGCUGCGAAUAUCGAGCUCAAGGUUCUUGCGGUCAAGUCGGGCUGGCAGACCUGCCUGGGAUGCAAACGCCUCGUUGAGAAAAAUCAAGGCUGCAAUCAUAUUACGUGCCGAUGCGGAACUCAGUUCUGUUACACUUGUGCGUUGAAGUGGAAAACGUGUGGGUGUCCGCAGUAA